ACUCAACUACUCAAGCACAAUGACCCAACAGCACGUAAACUCAUAGGAAUCCUCUUGUCUGUUGGGAAGUGGAAGCCAUGGAAACAGCCACACAUGCAGAUCCAAACGAGCAUCCACCCAAAACCAAACGACAGAUCUUCAUUCUCUCCGGCCAAAGCAACAUGGCCGGACGAGGCGGCGUGAUUAAGAACCCCCACCACCACCCAAACAAGCGCUGGGACGGCGUCGUUCCACCGGAGUGCCACCCUGACCCUUCCAUCCUCCGCCUCAGCGCCGCCCUCCGAUGGGAGCCAGCUCACGAGCCUCUCCACACCGACAUCGACACUAAGAAAGUCUGCGGCGUGGGUCCCGGCAUGUGCUUCGCCAACGCGGUGCGGCGGCGCGUGGGCGGCGAGUUCGGCCUUGUCCCGUGUGCCGUGGGUGGCACCCCCAUGAAGGAGUGGGCGCGUGGGGAGGAGUUGUAUGAAAACAUGGUGAAGAGAGCCAAAUUCAGCGUGACCGGCGACCACGGUGGCGAGAUCAAAGCAUUGCUGUGGUUCCAGGGAGAGAGUGACACUUCCAGUGAGCAUGAUGCAGAGGCUUACAAGGUCAACAUGGAAACGCUCAUCCACAAUGUUCGUCAAGACCUCAAUCUUCCAUCUCUUCCCAUCAUUCAGGUUGCAAUAGCCUCAGGGUUUGAGUACAUGGAGAAAGUGAGGGAAGCACAAAAAGGGAUUGAACUUCCAAAUGUGAUUUGCGUGGAUGCAAAGGGAUUUCAGUUGAAGGAAGAUAAUCUUCAUCUUACCUUGGAGGCUCAAGUUAAGUUGGGUCACAUGCUGGCUGAGGCCUAUCUUACCCAUUUUGUUGCAUGAACUAUUUGGAAAAGGUCUCCUAUUUCAAAGCCACGCUUUCAAUGUUUCAUUCUGAUUUUAAACAUUGUUUGGAAGUUCAAUCCAAACUGGUUUGUACUGUGUAUGUGUAUGUAGCAUCACUUAUUAUGGGUUGGCUAAGUGAACCAUGAGAUUAUUUAACUCUACUCUAAUAGGCCAACAUUAUUAUUUAUAAAUAAAUUGUUAAAUAAAAUAUAAAAAAUCAUUUCAAACGUAAUUGGUCUAUCAAAAA